GAGAAAAAGCUCAGCAAAGGGAAGGGGAAAUCCUCAGCCUCCGUCCCAGAAUCUCCGGCGAAGCGAAAAUGGAAGACAUAGAAGAUUUGCUCUUGGGAAGCAGCGGACGAUCGCCGCCCGGUUUCCGGCUUCCGCUGACGCCGGACGUCGUCGGUGUAAAUCCCAAGCAGCGGAGGAGGAGCGGUCUUCCGAGUUCCACCCCCAAAAUCCCUGGCACCCAGACAAUUUAUAUAAAGACAUUUGGAUGCUCGCAUAACCAGAGUGACUCAGAGUAUAUGGCCGGUCAGCUUUCAGCAUUUGGUUAUGCUUUGACUGAUGUCCCGGAUGAAGCAGACUUGUGGCUGAUAAACACCUGCACAGUUAAAUCCCCAAGUCAGUCUUCCAUGGACACUCUUUUAACUAGAGGGAAAAUUGCAAAAAAACCACUAGUUGUUGCAGGAUGUGUUCCUCAAGGAAGCCGUAAUUUGAAAGAGUUACAAGGAAUUAGUAUAGUUGGAGUUCAACAGAUUCACCGUGUGGUAGAAGUUGUGGAAGAGACUUUGAAAGGCCACGAAGUCCGGAUUCUAACACGCAAAACACUGCCAUCACUUGACCUUCCGAAGGUGAGGAAGAACGAGUUCAUUGAGAUUCUUCCAAUUAAUGUUGGAUGCUUAGGUGCGUGCACUUAUUGCAAGACAAAACAUGCCCGCGGUCAUUUAGGAAGCUACACUGUUGAAAGCCUUGUGGGACGGGUAAAAAAUGUUGUUGCUGAUGGAGUGAAGGAGAUCUGGUUGAGUAGUGAAGACACCGGAGCAUAUGGUCGUGAUAUUGGAGUUAAUCUUCCCAUUUUGCUAAAUGCUAUUGUUGAGGAGCUUCCUACAGAUGGGAGUACAAUGCUCCGGAUUGGGAUGACUAAUCCUCCAUAUAUUCUUGAACACUUGAAGGACAUAGCCGAUGUUCUGCGUCAUCCAUGUGUUUACUCUUUUCUUCAUGUACCUAUUCAGUCCGGAAGUGAUGCCGUCUUGAGUGCAAUGAAUCGGGAAUACACUGUAGCAGAGUUCAGGAAAGUGGUGGAUACGUUGACUGAACUAGUACCUGGAAUGCAGAUUGCCACGGAUAUAAUAUGUGGAUUUCCUGGUGAAACUGAUGAAGAUUUUGCUCAUACUGUUAACCUUGUUAAGGAUUAUCAGUUUGCUCAAGUUCAUAUAUCACAGUUUUAUCCUAGACCUGGAACUCCUGCCGCAAGGAUGAAGAAAGUUGCUAGUAAUGUGGUGAAGAAUCGAAGCCGUGAGUUAACUGCUGUAUUUGAGUCAUUUACACCAUAUGCCGGAAUGGAGGGCAAAAUCGAGAGGAUAUGGAUCACUGAUAUUGCCACUGAUGGAAUUCACCUGGUGGGCCACACAAAGGGGUACAUUCAGGUGCUAGUGGUUGGUUCUGAGAGCAUGCGGGGAUCCUCAGCCAUUGUAAAGAUAACAUCAGUAACCAGAUGGUCGGUUUUUGGGGAAGUCAUCGAGGUCCUUAAACCAAACAACAUCGGCAUACCCAAAAGCGAUUGUGAAGGACCCUCUUGUGCCAGCUCAGCUGAAAACUGUGCAUGCUCCAAACAGCCAGAGGCGAGUGCUUGUUCUUCGGAUGUCACAUGUUGUGCCUCGCCAGACAACACCGAAGUUAUUGUUUCAAAGGAUGACCCGAGACAAGCGGAUCACCAAAGAGUUAACCAUGCUGGCUGGUUACGAAGGAAGACUAAGGGCCGUUUGGAGACGACAGAUAGUAAAACAGUUCAAGCGCGCCGUACUGUUCAUGCAGUUGUUUGGGGUGGUCCUAUUGAUACCAUAUUAUUGGGUGGAAUUAUUUUCAGUUUCUUGACAAUUGUGGCACUUAUGUUGUAUCUAGGUUUGAUGAAGAAAUAGAUUAUUGUCCAUAAGUUCAAUGUUCUGGAAGAAUUUGGUUUGGUUAGUUCUUGCAAAAUGUCACAUUCAAUUUUGUAUUUGCUGAGUUUUGACAAUGCCCUUACUAAAGCUUUGUAUGCCCAAACUUGAGGACCCCUUCUCCCAAGAUUAAUGUGUG